AGGCGUCGCGCACUUCUGACGCGCCUGAGUUACUCCGGGAGUAAUGUUCCGUUCAAUGCGUUUCAGCAGCAACUCGGUAAACUCAAUGGCCGCGACUGAGAAAUUAAUUCAAACCGUAUACGCUUACCCGGUGCUUUACAACGUUUCGUUCCACGAUUAUCGCAGUUCUGAGAGGAGAGCAAAAGCGUGGAGGGACGUCGCAGCGUCAGUUGGUCUCCCUGUGGUGGAAUGCAAAAGAAGAUGGAAGACCAUAAGGGACAGGUACAUCAGAGAGAGAAGACUUUGCAAACUAAAGAAGGAAGAAGGGGGGCGUCGCUUGCAUCACUGGCCACACAGAGAAACCCUCUCGUUUCUGGACGCUCACAUCAGAAAGAGAAAGCGUCACAGUGAAUCAGAAGCUCUUGAGGACCUGGAGGACGUGGGUGGAAGUGGUCAGGAGUCCCCCGACGAGUCGCUCGAUGAGUCCAGCGCAGGUGAUUCAAAGCCAACCGAGUCUAGCCUUGAUAAAUCAAAGCGUGACAAGACACAGACGGCAGAUUCGAAGGAAUUUCUCUUGAAUAUUCCAGAGUCCAAGUCUCUGAUGUCUCCCCAGAUCAAAGCAAAUAUUGCAGCUCAAUUAAAUCCCUUGUCACAGCUGCCGUUGUCUAUCGUCACUCAGCUCGCCCCCGUCAAACAGGUCCAACCAAUGACCCAGCUCGCGGUCGUCACCAGUCUGCCUCCUGGACUGAAGGUGUCACAGGCUUCAUGUUCAACUUCACCGCACGUCCCCAUCCAGACAAAUGCAACAGCAGCAUCAGUCUCAUCCGCAAACAUCAAUGGGAAAAUGGAGGAAAAAGAGGUGCUGAAGAAUCGUGAGAAACCAGUUCUCGACAGAGCUCUUGAUGAGGACGAGUUGUUUCUCUUGAGUUAUGUCCCGGCCCUCAAAAGACUGACACCACAGAAAAGAGCCGCAGUUAAAAUGAAAAUCCAGCAGAUUAUGUUUGACGCAGAGUUCAAAGAUGAAUAAACAAUGUGUAUUUUGCUUUUGUCUUGCUCUCAGAUGAAGACAAUAGAUUAAAUGUAAGGUUGAGAUAUUUUACUUUCCCAACUUAAAAUUUGAUCCCCUUGUAAAAAAAAAAAAAACCCAAUUCUGCAUCAUUUAUAAAAAUGUGUUUAAAAUGUGCUUUAAUUUCUUUGUAUAUUUCAAUGGAAAAAACAAACAACCGAACAAUUAACUAAUACCAAGUAUGAAUCUGGUUUGUGUUCACCUUUUGUCUAGGUUUUGGAAGGUUCUUUCUUAGUGCAAAAAGAACCUGUUUUGUAAAAUUACACUAAAUGUUUUGGUGCAAACUGCUACUUAAUGUAUUUAUGUCAAGUUUGGUUCAUUAAUAUGGGGUAUUAGUUUACUGUAAUUUAACAAUAAAAUGCAAAGUU